AUGCCUUUUCUAUCCGAAGCCGCAAGUGCAAUCAAGACUAGAUUCGGGUUCCAUAAUCAUCCAUCGGAACAACUUUCGCUCACUCAGAACACUCCAGAUCUUUUCAAAUCAGCGGUUAAAGAUAAUCUCAUUCAUAACUCUGCAGUUCGUAAUAUCACCGAUUGGGACGAUGAUUGCGUUGUUGGACAAAGUAGCGCUAAGGUUUCCUCGAUUCAAAGCUUUGAAUUGUGCGAAGAUCCUUCUUUCUGGAAAGAUCAUAAUGUGCAGGUUAUAAUUAGGAUGCGUCCGCUUAGCAAUAACGAGAUAUCUGUUCAAGGUAACAACAAGUGUGUUAGACAAGAGAGUUGUCAGACUAUUUCUUGGACUGGACCUCCGGAGGCACGAUUUACUUUUGAUCUCGUUGCAGAUGAGAACGUUAGCCAGGAGAAUCUCUUUAAAGUAGCUGGUGUACCAAUGGUAGAUAACUGCAUGGGAGGCUAUAACAGCUGCAUGUUUGCUUAUGGUCAAACGGGAAGUGGGAAGACGCACACCAUGCUUGGUGACAUUGAAGGGGGAACUAGAAGACAUAGUGUCAACUGUGGGAUGACACCACGAAUUUUUGAGCACCUGUUUUCAAGAAUUCAGAAGGAAAAAGAGGUGCGUAGAGAUGAGAAGUUAAAAUUCACAUGCAAAUGUUCUUUCUUGGAGAUAUACAAUGAACAGAUCCUUGAUCUGUUAGAUCCUUCAUCUAGCAAUCUGCAGAUAAGAGAAGACAGUAAGAAAGGUGUUUACGUGGAAAAUCUCAAGGAAAUGGAAGUUACUAAUGCUAGAGAUGUUAUUCAAUUACUUGUUCAGGGUGCUGCAAACAGAAAGGUGGCUGCUACUAAUAUGAAUCGUGCUAGCAGCCGUUCUCAUAGUGUAUUCACUUGCAUUAUUGAGAGUCAAUGGGAUUCUCAAGGUGUUACUCACUUUCGAUUUGCUCGACUCAAUCUUGUUGAUUUGGCUGGUUCUGAGAGGCAGAAAAGUUCUGGUGCUGAGGGAGAACGCCUCAAGGAAGCUACUAAUAUCAACAAGUCUCUUUCAACUUUGGGGCUUGUGAUUAUGAACCUGGUAGGUAUAUCUAAUGGGAAGUCACACCAUGUUCCUUACCGCGACUCAAAGCUCACAUUUUUACUUCAGGAUUCUCUUGGAGGGAAUUCAAAAACUAUCAUUAUUGCAAAUAUAAGUCCCUCCAUUUGUUGUUCGCUUGAGACAUUAAGCACGCUGAAGUUUGCACAACGUGCUAAAUUUAUCAGGAACAAUGCCAUUGUAAAUGAGGAUGCAUCAGGGGAUGUCAUUGCAAUGAGACUUCAAAUUCAACAACUCAAGAAAGAAGUGUCCCGUUUGCGAUCUCUAGGUGGUGGAGGAGAAAUUCAGGAUAAAGACACUUCAGUAAUUAGCUUUCCAGGCUCGCCGGUAUCAUCCUUCAAGUGGGAGAGUGCUCAAGGAUCAUUCAGUCCAUUAACUUCUGCUAAAAGGGUAUCGAAUAAAGAUUAUGAAAUUGCCCUUGUUGGGGCCUUUAGAAGGGAAAAAGAUAAAGAAAUAGCAUUGCAAGCACUGAGAGAAGAAAAUGAAGCGGCCAAGAAGCUGGUCAAACAAAGGGAAGAUGAGAUACAAUGUCUAAAGAUGAGACUCAAGUUUCGAGAAGCUGAAAGAAGAAGGUUAGAAGCAGUUGCCUCUGGGAAGAUCUCUGCUGAGACACACUUGCUGCUUGAAAAAGAGGAACAUUUGAAGGAAAUUGAGGUCCUGCAGGCCAAGGUGGACCGAAGUCAAGAUGUAACUAGAUUUGCUUUGGAAAAUUUGCAGCUCACAGAAGAAAUAAAAAGGUUGAAGUCAUUUUAUGAGGAAGGUGAACGGGAAAUAAUGAAUGGACAAAUCAUGGUACUCCAAAACAAGUUGUUAGAAGCAUUGGAUUGGAAAUUAAUGCACGAACCCGAUAUGAAAACAAAUGCUGACUCAAUGAUGGAGGACUUAAAUAGAGAUUGUGAUCUUAUUUCAAAACAGGAGCCUAGUCCAAAGUCACGUUGGCAGUCUUCUCUUCGAGAGGAAAAUGAGUUUCUUCGCAUCCAGGCUAUACAAAACCAUGCAGAAAUGGACACAAUUCUGAAGAAGUUAGAGGUCUGCCUUGGAGAGAAAGAAAAAUUGAAAAGGCAAGUUGAUGAUUUGAAAGCAAAAUUUGAACAAGAGAAAUCUCAACUAAGUGAAACAACAACAGAAGGAAGGGAGCAAAUUGACCCUCCAUCAAUUAACAUCAAUGGCCAAAUGGAAUUGAAGACAAUGGUUGAUGCUAUUGCUGCUGCUAGUCAUAGAGAAGCAGAGGCUCAUGAGACAGCAAUUAUCUUGUCAAGGGAGAAUGAAGAGCUAAGGGUGAAGCUUAGAGCCAUGCUUGAGGACAACAGUAAAUUAAUUGAGUUGUACGAACAGGCUGCUGCUGAAAAUAACAGAAAUAUUACUAAAGGGGAAAAUUCUCAAGAAACUGUAUCCAAAGUUGCCAAUGAUUACCUUCUUGAAAAAAGAGAAGAGGAGGCUGCUUUGAAAAGAGUGAUUGAGGAUCUCCAACAUCAGCUCACGGAAAUCAACGAAGAAAAAAGAGAAGAGGUGGCUGCUUUGAAAAGAGUGAUAGAGGACAACAGUAAAUUAAUUGAGUUGUCCGAACAGGCUGCUGCUGAAAAUAACAGAAAUAUUACUAAGGGGGAAAAUUCUCAAGAAAUUGUAUCCAAAGUUGCCAAUGUUUACCUUCUUGAAAAAAGAGAAGAGGAGGCUGCUUUGAAGAGAGUGAUUGAGGAUCUCCAACAUCAGCUCAUGGAAAUCAACGAAGAAAAAAGAGAAGAGGUGGCUGCUUUGAAAAGUGUGAUAGAGGAUCUCCAACAUCAGCUCACGGAAAUCAACGAAGAAAAUGAGAAGUUGAUGAGUUUGUAUGAAAGAGCCAUGCAAGAGAAGGACGAUCUUAAAAGAAUUCUUUCAUGUUAUGGACAUAAAAGAGUUGAAACCAAAGGAGAAGAAUUGGAUUGUGUGGAAAAGCUUGUUGAGGUUGACGAAGGGGAAAGAGACUCAAUAGUAGGGACUGCUUCAGAGGAAGUGCAGGAUAGAUGUGAUGGUAGAUAUGAUGUCAAUCCUGUUACAUCUGGUUCUGAUAUAUGCCUUGAGUCAGAUGGACAUGAAGAAGAAAAGCUUUUAAAGGAGGAGAAUGAGGGUGAUAUUCUGGUUAACACUGAAAAGGAGACUGAGGUAUCAAAUCUCAAUGAGGCAAAGUUAUCAAUUGUAGGGACUGCUUCAGAGGAAGUGCAGGAUAGAUGUGAUGGUAGAUAUGAUGUCAAUCCUGCUACAUCUGGGUCUGAUAUAUUCCUUGAGUCAGAUGGACAUGAAGAAGAAAAGCUUUUAAAGGAGGAGAAUGAGGGUGAUAUUCUGGUUAACACUGAAAAGGACACUGAGGUAUCAAAUCUCAAUGAGGCAAAGUUAUCAAUUGAGUUAAACUAUGCUAAAGAGAGAGAGUUAUCUCGGUCAGAUGGACAUGAAGAAGAAAAGCUUUUAAAGGAGGAGAAUGAGGGUGAUAUUCUGGUUAACACUGAAAAGGACACUGAGGUAUCAAGUCUCAAUGAGGCAAAGUUAUCAAUUGAGUUAAACUAUGCUAAAGAGAGAGAGUUAUCUGGGUCAGAUGGACAUGAAGAAGAAAAGCUUUUAAAGGAGGAGAAUGAGGGUGAUAUUCUGGUUAACACUGAAAAGGACACUGAGGUAUCAAAUCUCAAUGAGGCAAAGUUAUCAAUUGAGUUAAACUAUGCUAAAGAGAGAGAGUUAUCUGGGUCAGAUGGACAUGAAGAAGAAAAGCUUUUAAAGGAGGAGAAUGAGGGUGAUAUUCUGGUUAACACUGAAAAAGACACUGAGGUAUCAAAUCUCAAUGAGGCAAAGUUAUCAAUUGAGUUAAACUAUGCUAAAGAAAAGCUUGAAAGGGUUGAUGAACAAAUCUUAGAUGCUGUUAGAACGCUUGGCUACGCUGAAAAAGAAUUUGUCCAGGUUGAUGAGCUCUCAAGAGAAAUUCAAGUGAUAGAACAUGAUAUUCUGGUCAAACGUCAGCAGUUUAAAUCCUCAAACCUUGAACUUCAUGAAGCACAUAAUAGAAGAGCUCUAACUGAUAAAAAGCUAUCUGCACUCAAAUAUUCAUUAUCAAACUUUAUGAAACACGGGUCAUUUUCUUAUUUUGAGCAACGGGAAGCAAAGGCAAGAGCAACGUUAAAUGCCUUGGCAUCUCAUCUUGACCGAAAGAAAGGGGAGUUGGCUGCUCUUCAAGCUUCCAAACAGUUGCUGGAUAGUGAUAUAAAGAAGACCCAAGAAUCUGAAGCUGAGUUAACCAAGAAUGUUGCAUGCAUCAAAUCCAAACUGGAGGAAGAGAAUCGCAUGCGAGAAGAUGGAAAGGUUCUCUUUGCUAUUGAUAACACACAUAACAUAGAUUCCUCAGUGAAAAGUUGGCAAUUUAGCGGUAAAGCAUUUGAUUUACUCAAGUUAGAAGAAGAAAAAACUAAGCUGCAAGCAGAGUUGAAACUUUCUCAAGAAAAAUCCGGGGUUAUUAGAAAAGAAUUGGGAAAUCUGAACAAGAAAGUAGCAAAGGUAGAGAGUCAGAUACAGGCAGUUGGACUGGAAGUACAGCAAGGUUUGAGAACCACAGAGGAAAAGGAAUGUUCACUUCAACGUGCGACAAAUGAAAAAGAAAUGUUCUUGGAGUUUAGAGAUAAUGGAAUGUUGGAAAUGGAGCACUUGAUCAUUGAUCUCCAUCAAUACGUGUUUGAAUAUGAUCUAAAGGAGGCUGAAACAAAGAUUCUAGGGGAAGAAUUGCAAAUGAAUUUUCUAAGAGCCGAAGAGUUGCAGACAGACAUGAUGAUAGCUGUAAACAGCAAUUUCUUAUCUUCCAUGUCUUGUGUAGGCACGUUUGAGAAGGUAGAGGGGCAAAUGAAAAAUCUAAGGACAUCUAUUCAGGAGACAAAAUUAUUGUUGGAAGGCAUUUCCCGUGCCACCUAA